AUGGCGUCUAAACUCCUCCAGGCCAACUUAGGCCAUACAAGGAUCGCCCAAGACCUGUUCCUGCAUUCGCUGGCUGAACGCAGGGCAGGUCUGGGCGUUGCGGCCGAGCCCUACCGGAUCCCAGCUGACGACUCACGUUGGUUCGGGGUCUCGGGGAGCUCGGUCGCCAUCUACUGGAGAUGGAACAGAGCCGACUACGAAACGCACCUGGACCGGGUGUCAGGGGUCGUCAGACGAUGCGCCCCUCACCCGUUGGUGGUGGCCGGGGACUUUAACGCCAAAUCCAGGGCGUGGGGUUCCCCGGCCACAAAUGUCCGUGGUCGGCUCACCGAGUUCUGGACGGCGUCGACGGGCCUUUGUCUUUUGAACGAAGGCUCGAUGAGCACUUGUGUGCGCCCACAGGGCGAAUCUAUCAUUGACCUCACCUGGGUCAAUGGCCCUGCGGCGCGCGCGGUAGGGGUAUGGAAGCUGGCGGAGGUAACGGACACAGGAUCCGACCACCUCUAUAUAGAGGUGGUCCUCUCCGCUGUUCCCCCCGAGGUACUCAGGCGCCGCCGGGACAGGGAGCGGGGGCGGUCUAGUAGAUGGGACCUCCGGAAGAUGGACGCGGGUGCCCUUCGAGCGUCCAUAGUGGCGACGGAGUGGUCCCCGGGGGGAGGGUUCUCCUCCCUUCUACGGGAGCAGGCUGAGGUGAAGGAGGAGGCGGAAGAACUCAGACAUGGACAGGGCGUGUAA